UAAUCAGACGGUGUUUUCCCCACAUUAGUCAUACAUAUAAAAAGGCAUAUACUGGCACUCGUCCAACAAGCAUUUUGAAAAGAAGAAAUUUCUACCCUGAACUUAUCAUUUUGUAUCUUCAAACUCUAAAGGACGCGCUGAGGACACACGGAAACAAUGCGGUUUGGGGCAACUUUAUUACUUUUAUUCGGUUUGUCGAAUUAUUCAUCUGCUACAGUUAGUUGUGAUCAUGCUCAUGCGCUCACAGAUGUCGCUAGAAGGGUACCUUCGUAUGUAAUUAAAUCGUCUUCCGAACCUGCUAUAUCAGACUCUGCACUUCCAUCGGGAUGGUACUUCGCUAAGGAUAGUGUUCGAUACUACACACUUGUUAAUGGAACAGCCCCAGAGUAUGUUCAUUGUGGGACAUAUAAUCCGAUAUAUAUCAAAGAAAAGCUUGAAAAGCUUGACGAAGGCAAAGAAUAUGAAGUCGACGCGUGCCUAGUUGAUUACGAUAGUAAUUGUAAACAUAUUUAUACCAUCAAAGUUCGUAAAUGUAGACAACAGAUUCAGUACUAUCUACUCCCAACAGAUGGAACAAGUGCAUAUUGUUUUGAACCGUCGUCAUUCUCAGUUGAAGAACCUGCACCAGAUUACAAAAUUCCUGGCAAAAUUCAAGUAAGCGUAGCACUGAUGUACCGACGUAACAUUUCCUCUAACAGUACAGUUCCGGAACUUGACUUUAAAUGUAAUUUCAAUUCAACAGCUACGAUUAAAACUGGAAGUAAAGGAUAUUACUAUGGAGUUAGCUGGGUUAUAAAUGGGCGAAUUGAGAAGAUAUUUUCACCGGUAAUGGCAAACGAUUUAGAUGGCACAAAUCUUAAUGAGACAACCAUUGGCAAACUGAAAUUUAAAUUUGGACUUACUAUCCAAUGUGCGAUAAGAGUAUCAAGUGCAGCUACCGGGAACCAAACAAAUCCACAGAUGAGUGAUACAUUUUACGCUGGUAUAAAGGUUCUUACACCUCGAAUAACAUUAAACAGUGGAUCGUCGGAAAGUAUUUUAUUACAACCAACAAUUCCUCUUGGAUGUCGACGGUCAGAUGUUUUACAAUAUCUCAACGUAGCAGCACCACCUUGUGAUCUGGGCAUUGAAAUGUUUGAUCCAAAUUCUACAUAUCCGUGCCUGGACACAGUGAUAACAUUAAGUAACCAGAAACUAUGUGGAAGUAAAAUAACUGGAUGGCGUAACACAACUUCUAAACCAUGUAUGCAUUCGCACAAUGUUGAAUUAUGUAAUUCCUCAAGCAUAAUCAGUAGCCUUUCGAGAGUUUCGAUACAAAUUUCUGCGUCAAAUGACCAGCUUCAAUAUCCAGAGGACAAAACGUUUACUGUGCAGCUAAAAACUGGGAAUAAUGCGCCACAUAAAUUUUGGGAAAAUGUCCGACUUGAUGAUGUAAAGGUAUUUUAUACUGGAGGAAGUCAAAACAAUGAAUGGAAAAACAAAGAAUGCUCAGUUAUUAAUGACCCUACAUUAGCAACAUUUGACGGGCAUCGGCCAUCUUCAAUCUCGCCAUCUUAUAUAAACGAUUCUAGCCAUUACCUUUUGUAUCAUAAUAAAGAGAGUUUGGCAGAAGUUCAGAUUAAAACGCAAUUAUGUGAUGCAGACAGUCGUAACAACUCAUUAACCUCUGUGUGUACAUGUGCAGCUGCAAUUCAGGCGGGAGGAGACGUGUUUUUGAUUGACAUAUGUAGUGACAUAAAACGAGCAGAGUUCUCUCGUUGUCGUGGAAAUGUUCUAAAUGUAAGAAAAGCAACAGAUAGCUAUUAUGAGGUAUAUCUUCCAACAGGCACCAAGGUUACAAUUGAAAUAAGAUUUUAUCAAACGUCAAACUUUUUAAGAAUUUAUAUUUUUCCAUCUCCGUCCGAUGUAAAUAAUACGAACGGUUUAUGUGGAAAUCUCGAUGGAAAUGAGGAAACAGUAAAUAACGAUUAUUACGUAAAAUGGAAAUUACAAAACAGUUUAUUCAACCCGUUGCCUGACAAUCUUCCAUCAUCACCAUUGGCGUACAAUCACACCGUCUGCAUAUGUUCAAAGGCUUUCCCAAGUGCAACUUCACAGAAUGGUCAAAACGAUUCAACGGCAGCAAUUUGUUUUUCCCGGGAGUACGCUGUGUGUACAGAAAAAAUUCAACUUUUAGAAGAAAAGAAAACUUGCACAUUAAAAUACAAGAGAUCUGUAGAAAGACAUAGAAGAAAUAUUGAGCGGUUGCUUGUUCUCUCAUUAUCAAGUGAGAAUUCAAAUAACCGUGUUCGCAAGAGUAUAACCAUUUCUCAUCUCACUGAAGAACAAGCAUACAAAGAAUGUCUUGACGUAUUCAAAUCAAAGCCUACAUACAACAUGAUAGAUGAGCUACCUGAUAUAUCUUUGAAUGACUCUUUAUCAGCAUGUGUAAAUGAUAUGAUGGUUGACGGCCGAGAUUUCUGGAAAGAGGAAAGUUAUAACAGUUGGGUAAGUGUUGUUACUCAAGAAAUUGACCGAAACGGAACAUUGAGAGAAGAGAAAUCCGAGGUUGUCAGUAAUUUUAAAAGCCUCACAUGUCCAUCGCAAUGCAACUUUAAUGGGAACUGCAUAAAUGGAACAUGUGUAUGUAAAGACGAUUACGUUGGCGAUUCUUGUUUCGUUAAGAAAUCAGGGCUUCUAGAACUUACCGAUAUAGAAGGUGGAGGUGAAUGUGAUCUUGCCGACGGCGAUGAUUGUCAUGAUUGUCUUCAGUUUCACACCAAGAACCUCUUGAAAGGGUUCAAGUGCAGGAUUGAUACAGUUGAUCUUGAUGUUAACGGAACAGUUAUCAGUUCUGAUGUACACGAUCGUAACGGAGAAUAUGAGAGUAUGUUUGAUGGAUACUGUUGCCCCUUUGCUGUAACGAAAAGAAGAAAGAAAAGAGAUGUCAUAUCUAAUACGUUUACUGUUAGAUACUCUGUAUCUAUUAGCAACGAUGGAAUACACUACGGCCCAGGUAGAAAUGUUCAUGUCUUUGAUUCGACAUGUCAAUCAUACGUCAUGAUGCCAACAGGCGAUUUGAUUUUCAGUUUGAAGGCAGGAACUUGCUAUAUAGACAGUCAGUGUUACAGGGAAGGCGAGCGAAGUCUAGCGAGUCCAUUUCUUAUAUGCUGCCCAUUUGUUACCAGCUACCAGUGGUCAAUUCGGCAAGAUUGUGUACCUCCAACCAGCAAUCAAGGAAAUGACGAGAAACAUAGCAAGUUUGAAAUUGUAGUAGUGUCUGUAUCAGUGUCAGGGAUAUUGAUUGUUGCCUGUGUAGUGGUAUUUGCCAUUUGGACCUACAAAAGUAAAAAACGGACUGUGUCUACAACAGCUGAGGAACCUCCGAAUUAUUCUGGUUAUACCGAUUUGGACUUCAGCAACCAACCUUACAAUAAGAAAUUCAAAAGCGGAGGAAAAACAUUUCAACCUGGACAUCCAAACGUCUUCACUACCGAUUAUGGUCAGCAAAGAAAAUAUGAUACUAAUACGAGAAAAUACGAACAAAACACAUAAUAGGGAAUUUAACGUCAAAUGCAUUUUACUGAUAUAAUGAUGGUGUUAAUCAUUUCAUAUGACUUAUAACUAAUCCUUACUUUUAAAAUAAAUUCAUAUAUUAAGCCUCUAAUUAAAAAAUAUAUAUAUAUAGGUCUAUUUUUGUUUAUUUCUUCGUAGAACGUUUUAUUUAAAGGUCACAUUUCUUCAUUUUCUAUGUUUCUAAAAGCAUUUCUUUGAUGUAAGUGACACUUUUGUGUGAGGCAAUGAAUUAGUAGAGUCAUGCUUUAGUAAAAUGUGUGACGGAAACGUACUUUAUGGGUAACUUUAUUGCCUCCCCUUUCUAUAAGUUGGCCAUUUGUAUUGGAAAAAUAUAAUCCUGUAUUUGUAAAUAUAUCAUGGUAUAAAGAGUAGGUAUUUUAAUCAUCUUUACGUUAAAAUCAGUUUAACGUUAUGGUAUCCUUCAAAGUGUUUAUAUUUGAAAUUGUUUAUCUAUUGUUCACAGUAGUUCAUAAGAGAAAUAACUUUAAGUAACAGACGCUUAUAAGAUUUUGUUAGAAUCAGUAUCAAGAAACGUUUUAUUUUUAUUAGCCAAUCAAAAUCAUUGUUUUCAUUCACUGCGGAGAUGGUUCACUCACUAGUAUAAUU